CUCAAGCGUCCCUUGGGGAGCAUUCCCCCAACCCGCCCUUCUCGCGGUUCGCAGGGAGCCUUAGCUAUAGCCUCGCGCGCGCCUCGCUUCCCCGGGCCCCAGGGGGCGCGCGCCGCCUGCCUCCGCGUUCCGAAGGCGAACGGUGGAACGUUUGAGUUUCCACGGCAACGCCACGCUUCCCCUUCCGGACAGCUGUGGUCGCGGGGUGAUCGGGACAGCGGGGGCCGGGGGCGCGGCCGGCCUGUGAGUGGAGGCGGGGAGACCAGCCCGCAUCCCCCCAGGAUGCCGCUGAAGGUGGUGGUGGAGCUGCAGAUCCACGCGGUGAGGCGGGUGCAGGGCCAGAACUAGCCAGGGCAGCGAGCGAGGGAGGGGUAGGGCAAAAAGUGGACAGGGCUCCAAGGGGCGGGAGCAGCACAUACAACCUUCCCAGAUCACUUGCCCUGGUGUGUUCCUGCCGGAGAAGCAUGACAUUUACCUCAGUGUCUGCAUCAUGGGCCAAUACAAGGAGACAGAGUGCCUUCCUCCAAUUUUCCCUCUCUUGUUUCAUGAGAAGAUGUGGUUUGAAAAGGUAUUUGAAAGUGCUGUAGACCCUGCUGCUGUAACAGAGAUGCUUGAAAGCAAUGUAACAACGUUUGGAUUAAUUCAACUAGUAUCUUCAGUGGGGGACAGUCUCGCUUUUUAUGAAGAGAAUACUCGAGAUUUUCUCUUCCCAGAGCCCAAGCUGACUCCUGUGUAUCCUGGUGUGGAGAGAGAGUUACUAAUGAAAACAUCUCCUAGUUUCACAGGAAUUGCACCAAAAAUAGAAUUUUCUACAAGAACAACCAUUACUGAGCUUCCACUUCAAUAUAGAAAGCAGUUUUAUCAGGGCAGAAACAGAAUGAGGAUACAAAGAUCUGCCUCUGUAUCACCCAGGCGAAGGAGCAUUUCACCAGCACGAUAUAAGACAACAAAGAAAAAGGAUAAUAAGAUCUGUAAGAGUCUUACAAGGUUAUUAAGAUCCCGCUCUCCAUCUCCAAAUGCUACAAAGCACCUGUGUCAGUUCUGCAAAGAAAACCAACAGCAGCAGUCAAGGCUAAGCCUGGGAUCUGUUGGGUACAAACUGGAUGAUGAAACCAGGCCACCAUUUGUUGUUAGACACGUAGACAGUUCUAACCCAUUUGGUGAAAAAUCUUCGUCACAGUUACUUUAUCGAAAUCCAAAACAAAAUGUGAGCUCAGCAAAGAAUUCGCUUGAAUUUCAAUUGAAACGAGCUUUAUCUUUUGAUAGCUGUGAAGCAUCAAAUUCCUCAGUUAAGGUUAUCAGGGAACCGGAUGAACAGGCCACAUCUGAACAUGAUUCAUCAUCUCUUGAAACAGAUGAACUUGUAAAUUACCCAGGCAGUUCUCCUACUCAAGGAGAUUUGACAUUUCACCGCACAGCGUCAUUUGCCACCUCCCCACAUUACAGAUCACCUAGUCCUGUUCGGAGUCCCUCUCCUCUGCAACACAGGUUAUACUCCAAUCCUCAUUUCAGUUGGGAAAAGAUCCACAAGAGAGUGCAGAAUCUCCUAACCUCAAACCAGGCAAAGCAGAGACUUUCCUUUGGAGCCACUGAUUCUGAAAUUGAUGAUGUCCUUGAAAGAAGGUCCAUCUCUUUGAGGAGUUCCCCUCAGGAUGAUUCACUGGAGCAAAGAUAUUACUAAGUAGUUGUCAUCAGAAAGCAGAGACAACUCAACAACUGCUGGACUCCAAUUUGAAGAGUUGAGAGGACGUCUCCAUCUCAGAGUUGAUGAUGUGUAUCCAGGGGUUCAUUUUCUGUGUGGUGUUAUGUCUAAUCUCUUUCUUAAAGUGAGACUCUGUAUUGUGCUGGAUAAGCACGGCUGAUUAAAUGAUUGCAGUGUGUGGCUCAGAUAUCAUUUUCAUAUGAGUGUACAUCUAUUAGCUCAUUAAGGACUAAAAAUAAUAAUAAUGGUGCUGCAGAUCUUUGAGCUUUGGUUGUUGGCAGAAUUUUCUGCAAGUAUCACAUUUGGAAUUACCUUACUUGUGACUGUUCCAGCAUUAGAACUGACUAUCUAGAAUGAGUUGCUUUUUUCAGAAGUCAGUUCUCUUCUCAAUAUAUGCACAUCAUUCUCGUUGGUGCACUUGUAUAGAGAGGAAACAAGACCCUUUGAAUACUGAAUUACUGUAUGACAUACAUUUUUUCAGACAACCAGUUAAAAUGAACCUGUGUUAAAUGUGUAUCCUUUCUUGAAACAUUUCUUUUAAUAAAAUAUUUCAAAUAA